CUAGGUCGCUUCCUCAGUUUCUCUCUCCAUGUUUAAUCAAUUAAUUUCCAUAGCAUUGGGAAACAGCGUAAUACUAAUUUCGUGUGCCCCAAUUAUAGUUUCACACACUACACUAGACUAGACUAGAUCAACCCCACUCUACUUAUUCCCAUUCCUCACUAUAACUAAUAAUAUUUUUGUUUCUCUUUGGAUUUUCUAUUUUUGGUUCCGAAUUCACACCCUUUCUAUUUCCGUAUACUCAAAUUAAUAAGAUUGGUGAUUUCUGAUCAUGGGUUUCAAUUCAGUCUAUAGAUCUUUGCAAGAUAUAUUUCCACAGGUUGAUAGCAGGUUAUUGAGGGCUGUGGCUAUUGAACAUCCAAAGGAUGCUGAUGUGGCGGCUGAAAUUGUUCUCACUGAAAUCAUCCCAUCAAUUUCUAAAAAGUUACUUUCUGUAACUCCUCCACAGGAUAUGAGCCCUAGAAUCGUAGUAAACUUGGAAGAUGAUAGUGAUGAGGAAGGGGAUAGGUUGGCGCACCGCCAGCAUGUUAGAGAGACAGAACAUGGCUCUUAUUCUUCACGUUAUGUACCUGAAGAAUUCAUCAAAACUGCCAAUUCUUCUUCUGGACCAGAUCUGAAUGUUCCAGUAACUUAUCCACGGGAUUUGAGCCCUGUACCUGAAGAAUUAAUCAAAACUGCCAAUUCUACUUCUGGACCAGAUCUGAAUGUUCCAGUAACUUCUCCACAGGAUUUGAGCCCUGUAGUCAUAAUAAACCUUAAAGAUGACAAUGAGGAGGAAGGGAAAAGGUUGACGCAAAACCAACUUGUUGAGAAUACUGAUGUGGGGUCUUCUUCAUCAUCAUCAUGUUCUAUACCUGUACAGAUCAUCAAACCUUCUGAUUCUUGUGGACUGGAUCUUAAUAUGGCUCUUAACGAGUCUACACUUUCAAAUUGCAGUGGUAUAAAUGAUGAAACCAAUAAAUUUAUCGGGAUAAGUGACGAGCCAAAUAUCUUACAAAAUGGUGAAGGUAACUUAACAAUAGGGAUCCCAAAUGAAAUUGCUCAGGAGACAUCAAAUGGUUUUGGGCACCAAGCUAAUGCAAGUUUUGAUCAGGGCCGACUUGACAUGGAUGUCGAUGGUGAAAAUUUGGCAUCUUUUGGUAUAUGUCAAGUGAUGGAGACUGAAAAGAAUUAUCUUACAGAGGAGGCUGCUUCUACCAGUAACAAUGGCGAUAGAAAUGCAAACCAUCUAAAUGAAGAGUGGGUUGAUUUUUUUCCUACAACUUAUGAUUAUGAUGCUACUAUCUGUGAUACAAGUCACAUAUUGGAAAAAUGUGAGUCCGCCUUGAUUGAGUUAGAAGGAUAUGAAAUUGAAACGACAUCUCAAGUUCAAGGGCCUACACCAAAUGCUAAAGGUUGUCUUCAAAUAGAGUUUAAUGCCAGUCCUUCUAUCGUUGUUGUUGAAACUAGUGAUGUUGAAGAUGAGAUUGAUGGGAAUAAGGCAUUUAGCCAAUAUAAUCGAGCAUGCAGUGUUGAUAUGCUUGAGGAAACCAUUGAUGAAGCAAAAACUAACAAGAAAACCUUGUUUUCGUCAAUGGAAUCUCUCAUCAACUUGAUGAGAGAAGUGGAACUUCAGGAGAAAGCUGCAGAGCAGGCUAAUAUGUCAGCUUCUAGGGGAGGGUUUGACAUGCUGGAUAGGGUAGAACAGUAUAAAGCCAUGUUGGUGCACGCCAAAGAAGCAAAUGACAUGCAUGCAGGCGAAAUUUAUGGAGAAAAAGCAAUUUUGGCAACUGAACUGAAGGAACUUCAAUCUCGUUUGAGCAGCUUGUCUGGGGAAAGGGAUAAGUCUCUUGCAAUUCUUGACGAGAUGCGCCUAGUUCUUGAAUCUAGAUUAACUGCAGCAGAUAUGUUGAGGAAAACAGCUGAGCAUGAAAGGCAGGAAAAAGAGGAAUCAGCACAGUUGGCUCUUCUUGAGCAAGAAGCAAUGAUGGAGAAGGUAGUACAGGAAUCAAAGAGAUUACAACAGGCGGCAGACGAGAAUUCCAAGUUACGGGAGUUCUUGAUGGACCGAGGGCAGAUUGUUGAUACGUUGCAAGGAGAAAUUUCUGUUAUCUGUGAGGAUAUUAGGCUUCUAAAAGAGAAAUUUGAUGCAAAUCUUCCUUUGAGUAAAUCAUUCACAUCAAGUCAGACAAGUUGCAUCUUAGCUUCUUCAGGUUCAUCCCACAAAAGCUUGGCAUCUAAUGUGGGUUCUGAGCAUAGUGAUUCUUCCGAAAUACUCAAGAUCACCCAGGCAGCCUCAGUUGAAAGCCUUUCUGACAAAGUUGAUCAAGAGGAGAGGUCCAAAGCUGAACACAAUGCUCUUCUUGAUGAUGGGUGGGAUAUUUUUGAGAAAGAUGCAGAACUGGAUUCUGGACUUUGCUAGCUUUUUGUUCUGUGCUAAGAGAAGGAAAAAAGUUAAGCUCAUGCUGCUGUUUAUUCUUCAAAAUAAACCUUAGGAUUCCUUGGAUGUUAUUAAUUCACAGUGAUCUGGUUACAACUUUUGUUUUAAUAUAAAAUGGUAAGAUAAGCAUAUAAUAGCGGCAUGAGCUCUAGAACAACAUAUAGCGUAAAUAGUAGGUUUUGAUCAACAACUUUAUACACGUUCAGUUUCUGUUGCCUGCUCAACAUUUCCAAAUUUUGUACAGAAGACACAAUUGUUGAUCGUUUAGUAUUUUGUUUGUGAUUUAUUCUUAAUUAUCUGUAUCGGUUUAUGCCUGCAGUA